AUGGCUUCCUCAGCACCAACACGUAUACCGACUUCACAGCUCUUCUCCCUCGAGGGAAAGACGGUCAUCGCCACCGGCGGGACGGGAGGGUUGGGAUCAGAGAUGUGUCUAGCCAUGGCAGAGUCCGGGGCUGAUAUCGUGUCAAUAUACCCACCCAAUGACCCUGCCCAACCCAAGCUGGAAGAGCUCAUUCGAGGUGUUGGUCGCAAGAUUGUCAGCUUCGAAUGUGAUGUUAGCAACUCGCAGAACCUGCGAAACACCUUCAAGCAAAUCUGGGAUGCAGGUAUCGUCCCUGAUAUACUUCUGAACUGUGCGGGAUUGAACCGCAGAGGAGCUAUCGAGGAAAUGACGGACGAGAAGAUCGAUCUGAUUUUCGCGGUCAAUCUCAAAGCAGUAUAUGUGGCUGCUCAGGAAUUCGGCAUGCAGUUGAUCAAGCUAGGACGGCCCGGCAAGAUCAUCAACAUUGCAUCCUUGACUUCAUUUGUGGCAAUGACAAAUGUCUCUGCAUAUGCUUCGACCAAAGGCGGUGUCCUGCAAAUGACCAAGGCAUUUAGCAAUGAAUGGGCGGUCCAUGGUAUUCAGGUGAACUGUAUAUGUCCUGGGUAUAUCAAGACGCCCCUGUCGGAAACUCUGGUCAAGCAGUAUCCAGAGAUGGAACGGCACGUCAUCGACAGAACACCAUCUGGACGGUGGGGGGCGCCGAUGGAUUUGAGGGGGGCGACAUUGUUCCUUGCAUGUCCGGCCUCUGACUAUGUCACCGGUACGAGUAUUGUGGUCGAUGGAGGGAUGAUGGCGAGAUAGAGAGGAUACGCUGCUAUGUGCCCGUGUCGCUGGGGAGGAGAAGUUGGACAGAUGAUGCAAGAAUUUGGCCCACGAAUCCUGGCGACCUACGCUGCUUCUUGUAUACCAUGGUCCUCCUCGCUUCAUUCGGG